GGCUUCACUGCACGCCCUGGGACUCGGCGCAGCUGCCUGAGACGGUCGGCAUGAGCGUCCUUGCGAGGGUGGGCGUGGGGCCGCUGUGCGCCGCGGCUCGCGCGGUCAUGCCCUGUUUUUGGAGAGGGAAGUACUUCAGUUACGGGAGAGAGCCAGCCGCAAACCAGGUGACACCAAUGCUGCGGCAUCUUAUAUACAAAAUCAAAGCAACUGGCCCCAUCACUGUGGCUGAGUACAUGAAGGAGGUCUUGACCAACCCCGCCAAGGGAUAUUACGUGUACCGUGACAUGCUAGGAGAAAAAGGAGAUUUCAUCACUUCACCAGAGAUAAGUCAGAUCUUUGGGGAGCUGCUAGGUAUAUGGUUCAUUAGUGAAUGGAUGGCCACUGGGAAAAAUGCAGCUUUCCAACUGGUGGAACUGGGCCCAGGCAGGGGUACCCUCUCAGGAGAUAUUUUGAGGGUGUUCAGUCAGCUGGGAUCUGUGCUGAAAAACUGUGACAUUUCAGUACAUCUGGUAGAGGUGAGCGAAAAAUUGAGUGAGAUUCAAGCAUUAACACUGACGGAAGAGAAGUUCCCUCUAGAGCGAAACUCUGGAUCCUCUGUAUACAUGAAAGGUGUCACUAAAUCUGGGAUUCCAAUUUCAUGGUACCGAGACCUGCAAGAUGUUCCAAAAGGGUACAGCUUUUAUCUUGCACAUGAAUUUUUCGAUGUUCUUCCUGUGCAUAAGUUCCAGAGAACCCCACAAGGAUGGCGUGAAGUAUUCGUCGAUAUCGAUCCCCAGGCUUCUGAUAAACUGCGGUUUGUUUUGGCGCCUUGUGCCACCCCAGCGGAAGUCUUCAUACAACGCGAUGAAACGAGGGAUCACGUGGAAGUGUGUCCUGAAGCUGGUGUAAUAGUUCAGGAGCUUUCUCAACGCAUUGCACUAACUGGAGGGGCUGCCCUGAUUGCCGACUAUGGUCACGAUGGAACUAAGACAGACACCUUCAGAGGAUUUUGUGGCCAUAAGCUUCAUGACGUCCUUAUUGCCCCGGGAACUGCAGACCUAACAGCCGAUGUGGACUUCAGUUAUUUGCGCAGAAUGGCAGAGGGACAAGUAGCUUCUCUGGGUCCAAUAAAACAACAGACGUUUUUAAAAAACAUGGGGAUUGAUGUCCGGCUGAAGGUGCGGGGAGAGAGAAUCUUAGGCUCCAUGCUCAGUGCAGAGUCCGACACGGGAUUUGAUCUCAUGACUGGAGGCAAAAUCUACAGUUGGAUGCUUAACCGACUGAGCCACCCAGGCGCCCCAGCAAGCUAGGUUUUUGGUGAGCACUCCACGACUCCGAGGCAGGUGGUCAGAAAUCCCAUCUUAAGCGGUGCUUUCUUGAGUGGCUAAUGGUCAUGGGUGUUGCUGCGUAUAACUAGGAAUCCUUCUGGUUAUUUUUACUAAGAAGUUUUUUCUUUCCAGGUUCUUUUAGACAAAUCAGACGAGCCAUCCAGGCAGCAGUUACUUCAGGGGUAUGAUAUGUUGAUGAAUCCCAAGAAGAUGGGAGAAAGAUUUC